UGAUAAUAAUUAUCUAAUAUGGGUUUCAGACUAGUAGUUAAUUCAAAAUUCAAAAAACAGAAGUACUUUUUCUACUUUAGUUAGCAAAAUGAUUUGGUACACGCAAUUCAGAUGAGAUAACCUUUACAAUUUUCAUCUUAACCUAUUUAGCCAAUCUAAUUCAAUCUGAUCCAGUUUAUUUGAUCCACUCUUCCAAUAACAUGCAAAGUAUCUAUUUGAAGAUUAAAGAGAAAAAUGAUUCUACCCAUCUUAAUUUUUGUGAUAGUUUUGAUAGUCAUCCAUAAAUAUGUGUUUAGAGACAUCGAUGAAUCAGAGAAAAAUUUCCAGAAGAUACCUGGUCCAAAAGGAUUACCAUUCUUAGGAAAUAUCCAGGAUUUAUUUUGCAAUGGUGAAGACAGAUGGAAAAGAUUAAGAGCUAGAGCUCUUGAAUAUUAUCCCAUAUAUAAAAUGGAAGUUCUCAAUAUGAAGAUGGUACACUUACUUGACCCAUCAGACGUAGAGGUCAUCUUAGGUGAUCCAAAAUUUACUUCAAAAGGAAGACUUUAUGAACCAUCAAAAUUCUGGUUAGGAGAGGGAUUGUUAGUAUCUGCAGGGGAAAAAUGGAGGAAAGGCAGAAAGUUACUAACGAAAACUUUCCAUUUUGGGGUUCUCAAAAAUUACAUGCAUAUUUUCAAUGAACAACUGGAAAUUUUAAAUAAAUCUUUUGAAUCGAAACACGGAGAACCUGCUCAACUCACUUCUCUACUCCAAUUUCACUCGUUGAGAAUAAUUUGCUCCACCACAGUUGGGGGACAAGUCGAAAUAAGCAAGAAAUCCGGCGAAUCAUUAUUGAAUUCGUUAGAAACUCUGACCAAAAUAGUUGGCAUAAAAAUGACAAUACCACUCAUGAAUUUUCUGUAUAAGUUCACUUAUUUGCUAAGAGAGGAAAGAGAAGCCCUGCAAGAUUACAAUGACUUUGCAUAUCGCCUCAUUGAGAAAAAUGAUGACUGCAAAGAUAUGGAUGAAGAUACGGAUCAUCCAAGGUUAUUGAAAGUACUCUUACAAAAUUGUGAUUCGGAGGAUGUAAAAGAUCAUAUGAAAAAUUUUCUUUUCGCGGGACAAGAUACAAUGACAACAACGCUAACUUUUUAUUUGUAUGUACUGGCGAACAAACCAGAAAUUCAGGAUGAAAUUCUCAAUGAAAUCCUGGCUAUAAGCGUGAAUGAAAAUCCUACCUAUGGAGAAAUAACACAAAUGGGUCUUCUAGAUCGAUUCAUCAAAGAGUGCUUGAGAUUGUACUCACCUGCUCCUUUCAUUGGUAGAACAGUAGAAGAAGAUGUAAGUCUUCCAAGUGGUUAUACAAUACCAGCCGGAACCUCUGUUUUCAUAGAUAUCUUUGAUAUACAUAGGCACCCGAAACUGUAUCCUAACCCAGAAUAUUUCGACCCUAGUAGAUUUCUUCCGGAAAAUUGUGGAAAGAGACAUCCAUAUUCAUUCAUACCAUUCAGCGCAGGUCCUAGGAAUUGUAUUGCACAGAAGGUUGCCAUGCUAGGAAUAAAAACAACUAUAUGCGGAAUUUUGAAGAAAUUCAGAAUUGAACCAAUAGGAUCACUUGAAGAUAUAAUCUUCGUUCCUCAUUUACUCUUAAAGAGUAAACAUCCCUUAGAGGUGAAGUUUAUACCCAGAGUGUCAUUAUAGUACGAGUGAAAUUUUCGAAAAAAUUGUGAUUAUUAUAUAUUUUAAUGCC